AUGAGUAGUGCUUGGGCCGAGAUUCAGCGGCUAGCCGCCGAUCUGCAGCGAGUACAGCUAUCAGAAGCAGCGAAGAAGUUGUCCGAAGCAAAUUGUAUAGAAGUUAUCAGCAAGUUAAUCCAAAGGGAGUUGAUCGAUGUGGUUUUUACUCGUGAUGGAUCGUCCUAUAUAACGAGACGGCACCUUCGAACCGAGGUUCGAAAUGAAUGUCUGGGUGUCGGUGGUCGUGUGUCCCUCACUGAUAUAUCAGCAAAAUUGAAUGUUGACUUUGAUCAUAUCUCCAAUGCCGCCUCAGCAAUAGUUGCCGAGGAUGAGGAAUUCAUCUUGAAUAACGGGGAGCUUUUUGCUAAAGAGUAUGUCAAUAAACUUCAAAGUGAACUCAAUGUAUUGCUCGCUGAAGAGGGAAUGCGAUCUUUGCCAUCUUUGUGCCGUCAAUGGGAAUUGCCAGCAGAACUUUUGCGUUCACUUCUUCUCGAUCAACUUCCAAAAGAAGGAAGCGAAUUCGUUGUCGAUGGAGAAAAUAUCUACACGCGGACUUUUCUUGAGGCUCGAACAUCGGUUUUGAGAGCAGCACUUAGUGCGAUUACAAAAGUAACGGCCGUUUCAAAUAUUCAACAAAAGCUGCAACUUCCACCCUCGAGAUUUUUUGCGGCUUUGGAUUUUUUGAUUAAAGCUGGUGAGGUACCGGGGAAAAUUGUUGGGUCACGUACUUCUUCUACCGCAACUUAUGUGCCUCACUUACACGAACAGUUGCUGGCAGCUGCAGUGAAAAGAAUGCUUACGCAAGAAGGACACAUUGUGCUUUCCGAGCUAAAGAAAAUGGGAGUUGUCGAUUCAACGGCUUUAAUUAAAGCCACAUUUGUACCAGAAGAGAUCAAUGCGCUGCAGUUUUUACACUCAAUCGUACUUCCAAAAGAAACAGUUCAAGCUCAAGCAAAUCUAAUUGAAGAGGAACUCUUGCAAAGACACUACACCAACGUUUAUUCUAUCAUUUCACAAAGUGGCAUACCAUUCGAGGUUUCGGAUGCAGACUUUUUUGUGACGAAUCUGAAAAAUAAAAACAAGGAAUAUUUUGUUUCUGAUGGCUUUAUUUACACGAAACAGUUGGUGACAAAUGCUACUACGUCCUUGAAUGAAAAAUUGGAAGAACAGGCCAAUAUUGAACUCAACAAAUUGGAGCAGCGCAAAAAGAUGCCACAAACUGCAAAUCAAGAAAAGGAUGAUUGGAAUGAGGGAAAAGGUGGAAAAGGUAAAAAGGGGGGAAAAGCGGCAAAAGGACGAUCAUCAAAGAGAGACGAGGAAACAAACGAUUCGACGAACAUCGUAGUUGAACCUGACCAAGUAAUACUUAAUGAACUCAUCGAAUGGCUUCAAGCUACUUCUGUUAUUCCCGAAGAAUUACUCGAUACAAUUUCAGAAAGCAUCGCUGAAACGGUAACAAACAAAUUACGAGAACGCGUUGCUCAUUUGGCUGCCACUCAAGCUACGACUGCCGCUCAGUCAAAUAAAAGGUCCCACCAACAAACUGAACAACAACUUGCGCAACUACAUGGAAAUCUCUGCAUGUUUGAAUCUGGAUUAGAACAUUUCUCAGGGGCUCUUCAAAACGAUUUGUGCCUUUAUUUAUUGAAAACUCUUGGCACUGAGCUUGCAAAUUUCCUUCUCGGAUAUGCAAGUGACACUCCGAACGUUGGUCAGAUGAAAGAAAGGCAACGCGAAGAAACGGUUAACUCUCUUCCAUCGAGAAUUAAAGACGCAUUUAACUCUCUUUUUGACAGCUUGAAAUCUGAGGACACUCAGAAACUCAACGAUAAUCUUUUCGACGUUUGUUCGCCGAGUAUCUUGCAGCUAAAUCUAAAGAAGCUCGACAAAAAGAUGAGAAGUGAGAAUUGUGAAACCUACAAGGCUCAUUUAUUUACCCAGCUAAACGAACAAACAGAUCCAGCGGCAGCACUACUUUCAGCGGUUCUUUAUUUAUAUGCAAAAGAGGGAGUAGCCGUACACGCAUCUGGGAAAUUCGUCUCACAAUUGGUUCCAAAACUUGCCACUCUUAUUGAUACGGAAAUCUACGAUUUGUUGGGAGAGACGCAAAAACUCGUUGUUUCUUCGCUGAAAAAUAAGGAUGAUGCCGAGAUCAAGAAUCAACUGGACGAAAGUCUCAACACUUUACGAUCGAGGCUUGGUGCG